GAAUUGAGUAUUCUGCUUCCAUCUAACAUGCUAAUUGCACCACCACCAUUCCCUAUACAUUCAUAUUGAAUAUCGUCUCUCAUCAACUGCGGGUAGUGACGAUGACCUCGGGUAGACGCGGCAAUCGUCGCACCUCCGCAUCUGGGGAAACUCCCGCUUGACCCUUCAUAAGUUCCCCGGCUUCAGUCACAUACCUAUAUACCCAUACCGCCGCCAGAUACUCACCAGAAUAUGGUCACAUACUUAUCCUUUGACUUCCCCAGCUGAGAUCUCAUCCUCUCUCAGCUUCACCUUCUCCACUCUCCCCACAAUGCGUACCCCAUCCCCGCUCGUCCUCCGGAGCUUGAGCUCACGGCUCGGACGAACAUAUCAACAAAAGGCCUUCACCCUGCCAAAUAUCACUCGACCAGCAUACAGAACAGUAGCAAGCUACACCCACCCACACCAUGCCUCAGCCCUCUCCAUCCUCCCCACAGCAGUGGACACCUCCUCACCAGACUACCUCGAAAACAGCCAACAAAUGCAAGAACUCCUGGACAAGAUGAGCACCCUACACAGCAAAAUUGCCCUUGGCGGAACCGAAAAAGCCCGAGAAAAGCACAUCUCCAGGGGCAAGAUGCUCCCCCGAGACCGAAUCUCAGCCCUAGUCGACCCCGGCACCUCAUUCAUGGAACUAUCCGCCCUAGCCGGCCACGGAGUCUACGAAAACGAAGACGUGCCAGCAGGCGGCAUAAUUACCGGAAUUGGCAGCGUCUCAGGCGUGAACUGCAUGAUCGUAGCAAACGACAGCACAGUCAAGGGCGGCACCUACUACCCGAUCACAGUAAAGAAGCAUCUCCGCGCACAGGCAAUCGCACAGGAGAACCGUCUGCCAUGUAUCUACCUUGUCGACUCGGGUGGUGCGAACCUGCCACAUCAGGCGGAUGUUUUCCCGGACCGGGAUCACUUCGGCCGGAUCUUCUUUAACCAGGCACGUAUGAGCUCCUUGGGGAUCCCGCAGUUGUCGGUUGUUAUGGGUCCCUGUACGGCGGGGGGUGCUUAUGUACCGGCUAUGAGUGAUGAGACUAUCAUCGUCGAGAAUCAGGGAACGAUUUUCCUUGCGGGUCCGCCUCUUGUUAAAGCUGCGACGGGCGAGGAGGUUUCUGCUGAAGACCUCGGUGGUGGACUGUUGCAUUCGACUAUCUCUGGUGUGACGGAUUACCUGGCUGUUGAUGAUGCCCAUGCUAUUGUCCUUGCGCGUCGCUCUGUCGCUAAUCUCAAUUACCCUACUGCCAAUUCUGCAUCUGCUUUGCAGUUGGAGAAUGGGAAGGGUGAUUCGCUUGUUGUCAAGGAGCCGCUGUACGACCCUAACGAGCUGAAUGGUAUCGUCGGUACAAAUCUGCGUCGGCAGAUUCCCGUGCAUGAGCUUAUUGCGCGGAUUGUUGAUGGGAGUGAAUUCGCUGAAUUCAAGCGUGAUUAUGGAUCUACGCUUGUCACUGGCUUUGCGCGUAUCCAUGGUCACCGCGUGGGUAUUGUUGCUAACAAUGGUAUUCUGUUCUCGGAGUCUUCGCUUAAGGGCGCGCACUUCAUUGAGCUUUGUGCGCAGCGGCGAAUCCCUCUUGUCUUCUUGCAGAAUAUCUCUGGCUUCAUGGUUGGCGCUGAUGCCGAGAAGGGUGGUAUUGCAAAGAACGGUGCGAAACUUGUGACUGCUGUUGCAUGUGCCGAUGUGCCCAAGUUCACUGUUGUAUUUGGAUCCAGUGCGGGUGCUGGAAAUUACGGAAUGUGUGGCCGUGCUUAUUCGCCCCGUCUUCUCUUCAUGUGGCCCAACGCUAAGAUUGGCGUUAUGGGCUCCGAGCAGCUUUCGUCGGUUAUGGAGGCUGUGGGUCGUACAGCUGAUCCGGCAUUGAAGGAACGCAUUGACCGCGAAUCCGAGGCCACUUUCUCCUCGGCUCGGUUGUGGGAUGAUGGUGUCAUUCCUCCUGCUCAGACGCGGAAGAUGCUUGGUUUGGGACUUGAUGCUGCUGUUGGUGGGAAGGCUGAGCCGGAUGUACAGACCAGAUUCGGUGUGUUCCGUAUGUAGACCGCUUAAAUAUAGUAGAUUGAAAUGCAUGAUGUCGCAAAUGAUCUGUUCAAAUGUAGAUAUGGCAAUGAAGUGCAUGAUGCAGACGUUUUAGUCAAUGCGAAUUGACUUCUAUAUCGCGGGAAUCUCAGAAGCGUAGAUUGAAAGUAUGAACACUGUGUCCACCGGAAACCAUAAAGAUACCAGGAAAAGAUAUACCAAAAAGAAUCAAACACUUUUAUCCAUUCCGUCGAGAAAAUUUUAGAGUCCAGAUCAACCAAACCUCGAUAUGUCAAAUAUAAGAAACGACACAAAGUGUGCAGUCCAAAGAAAAGAAAAGAUACACGGUCAGACGCGGUGAGGCAUGCUCUAUGAAGGAGGAGAAAAGAAGAGAUAGAGACAUAUCAGCAAUGUAGUAAAGAAAGAAACAUCAGUCAUAUAUGACAUGUCAAUAUGCAUAGCAGCGUCGGGGGCAUAUGAGGAGAAGAAGAAGAAGAAGAAGAAGA